UAAACCGUAAACCCGCGGCGGAGUGUCGUAACUCGCCUCAGCUGCUGCCCCGGCCUGCCUCACGGUGGCCACAUUGAAAUUAAACUUAACAAGCGUCGCCUCGGGGAAGUAUCGAUAUUAUUAUUAAGUUAUAAUAAUGGCAGACGAGGAGAAGCUACCGUCCGGAUGGGAGAAGAGAAUGAGCCGCAGUUCAGGUAAAGUGUACUACUUCAACCACAUCACUAAUGCCAGUCAGUGGGAACGUCCAGUAGGAGACGGCCGUGGAGAACCAGAUAAGGUCCGCUGCUCCCACCUCCUGGUGAAGCACAAUCAGUCACGACGUCCGUCCUCCUGGCGGGACCAAAAUAUCACACGAUCUAAAGACGAGGCCCUGGAUCUCAUUCAGAAGUACAUAGAACAGAUCAAGUCUGGAGAUGAGAAGUUUGAGUAUCUGGCUUCUCAGUUCAGUGACUGCAGCUCAGCUAAGAACGGUGGAGAUCUGGGACUGUUCGGCAGAGGUCAAAUGCAGAAACCAUUUGAAGACGCUUCCUUCGCCCUUAAAGUGGGAGACAUGAGCGGUCCUGUUUUUACUGAGUCUGGGGUCCACAUCAUCCUUCGUACUGGCUGAACAGAGGAAGCCACAUACUGUACUAUGUGCUUACACUCGCGCGCACACACACACAAACACACACAUACAUACAUACAUACAGUUAACCCAACUAGUGCUGUGAUACAUUUUAAUAACACACAACAGCCAAUAUUACAAAGCCUCUGACCUUCGACCAUCGAAUUAUUCAGAGCACCAUCAAACAUGUUGAGUAAUAUGACUACACUGAACAUCAGGGCGUGUUACAGGUUAUUCCUGUAAGGCCUCAAGCUUAGAAAUCACAGUAAGUCUAUUGAUAAAAAAGACAGGAGUGCCUGUGACUGCCCCAUGGAAACAUUCUCACCUGACCUCUGAGUGAAGUUUGAGAAUGUGCCUGUUAAAGCUUGUGUGUUUUCGUAUGUGCAUGUUUUGAAAAGGACCAUUCUGUUUUAUUUUACUUUCCACAGUGUGUGUGCCAAAGCGAUUCCUCUGUAUGUAAUAUUGUUUCACAAAAUAGAUUCUUAAUAUGUUAAAGAUGCUGUACUUUCUGGCCAUUGCAGAACUCGGAGUCAGAGAAAGUUCUCUAAAUUUAGCUUCGAUUCGCCCUUCACAGAGUCAUACACAUAGAAUUAUUUCUUUUCGUAAUCCGCUUCAAAAAGUGCACGUUUCCCCCUGAGGAUAUGCAAAGAUGGCACCGCUGAAAACUUCCAGGUUUUAUCAAACAGCUCAGCAGCUUUUAAAAGCAUCGAGGUCCAGAUGAAUUGUUACGAUGUCGUUUCAUUGGAGCUCUUCUUCCAUCAAUAAAGGAAAUUCUUUUCUAUAAA